AUGUUCAAUUCAAAUAAGGUAUUGGAGCUCCAAAAAUUAGAAGAAGCUAGAGGCUCAAGCGACACCGUUUUGGAUUAUAGAAACAGCGUUGAGAAAGGAGACAGCGGCGAAACCGCAGACGCAGCGUCUGUGUCCUCCGCGAUCGCGUUUCACAGAUCAACGACACCCGCGCCGGAGCAAAAACUCACUCUCUUCGCUCUCCGCCUUGCGAUCCUCGAGAAAAUCGCCACUAACCUCGGAACCCUAGGUUUCAUCUGGGCCACGGUGGUUCUUCUCGGCGGAUUCGCGAUCACACUCGAAAAAUCCGACUUUUGGUUCAUCACCAUCAUUCUCCUCAUCGAAGGCACUCGAAUCUUCAGCAGAAGCCACGAACUCGAGUGGCAGCACCAAGCAACUUGGACUGUAUCCGGCGUCGGAAUCAGUAGCUUCCGCGUCCUCCGAUCUAGCUCAAUCUCACUUCUCAUAAAUCUAAAACGAAUCAGCGAUGGGGUCUUUAAGAAUGGACUGAGAGAAGCAACGACGAGAAUCGGACGACAAGAGACUUUUGAUCGUGGAACCACUCUGACAUGGAAGAACUCAGAAGUUCCUCUUCUUCCUUAUGCGAGAUGGCUUUACAUCUCCAGCUAUGUGAGCCGUCUUCUCUAUUGGCUCCAGCUCUUGUCAGCGAUUUCUUGUGUGGCUCUGUCUUCUUACAAGCUCGUAAGGCACAACUACGGAGAUGUUCAAGACGGAGACUUGGACAAAAGGAACAGGCAAGCUGCUUUGAGCAUCUUUUACUCGCUUGCGCUUGCUGAAGCUUUGUUGUUUCUUGCUGAGAAAGCUUAUUGGGAAUGGGAGAUGGAUAUGGUGAGCUUUGCUAUGGAGCUUGUGGGAUCUAACUGUUCUGAUGAACAGCUCAUUGGAGCGAGGAUUCUUAGGCAGUUUGUGGUUAAUGAGCGGUUCGCAGAGGAUACGCUUGAGAAGAUCGGAAUCAACUUACCCGUCAUUGAAAGGUUGGUGGAGAUGCUGAACUGGAAAGAUAUGCAAGAAGAAGAGAUUAGGAGAUCAUCAGCAGAGAUACUCUCAAAACUCGCUGGCAAAAAACAGAACUCUCUCAGAGUUGCCGGAAUCUCUGGUGCGAUGGAAUCGAUUUCAUCACUGUUACAGAACACCAGAUCUUUAGGUGAAGCUCCUGAUGAGAUUGGAGAGAAGAAAAUAUUCCACGACCAUCAUCUACAAUACGAUUUCUGGAGGUUCAACAAUUUGGGCCUUUUGAUUCUAAAGAAAUUAUCCAGAGAUCAUGACAACUGUGGAAAAAUAGGUAACACAAGAGGGCUUCUCCCUAAGAUCAUUGACUUCACGCACACAGACAAAACACUCUUGAAAGAAGAGAAUGCAGAUAUGGUUCUGUCACGAGUCCAGACAGUGAAACGGUCCCUGCAGCUAGUAAAAAUGUUAGUAAGCACAAGUGGCAACACCGGGAAAUGUCUAAGGAGAGAGAUCUCAGAAAUUGUCUUCACAAUCAGCAACUUGAGAGACGUACUGCGCCAUGGAGUGAGAUACCCAAAACUACAGAAGUUAGGGAUUGAGAUCCUGAGCUUCCUCGCGCUUGAGGCUGAUGCGCGGGAAAGAAUUGGUGUUACUGGAGGUGUCUUGAAAGAGUUGUUUAACAUCUUCUUGAAAAGAAAAACACAGGUGGAUGAGAAUGAGAGCCGAGUCAGAAUCGCUGCAGGUGAAGCUAUAGCGAUGCUUGCUUUGGAGAGCAGAAGCAACUGCGUCCACAUUCUAAAGCUCGGAGUCUUGGGAAGACUCGUGGAGGCACUUGAAGUUCCUUUGGUCCGUGUCAAUGCAGCUAGAGUCUUGAGAAACUUGUGCAUAUAUUCUGGACAUGAAUGCUUUCCCGACCUGAUAUUCAUUAAAACAGCAGCGCCUAGGGUGUUGAAGUCAAUAACAUCAGGAGACAACAAAUUACUGGAAGUGAUGCUAGGAUUAGCAGCACAAGUGUUCAAAUUAAUGAGUUCAGAAGAAGCAAGCAUUGUUCUGACGGAUUCAGGGAUCACAAAGCUAGAACUUGCGAACUCACUGGUUUCGAUAUUGAAAAAGCAUGACAAGCCAGCGAUCAAAGUUCCAAGAAUCAGGAGGUUUGUGGUCGAGCUUGCGAUAUGGAUGAUGGAAGAUGAUGUGGAGACUGUUGUGAUGUUCAGAGAUUUGAGUAUGGAGAGAGAGCUCGAGAAAGUUCUGGAAACUACGGCUGAGCUCGAGAACUUCGAUGUUUUCUCUGGUGCAGUUGGAGUGAGUCGCCAGAGCAGAACGGUUCACUGGCUAGCUGAAUUGGCUUUAAAAAUGCUCGAGGAUGAACAAUCAUAAUUAUAAUUUUCCAAGCUCUCUGUAUUAGCAGGUUUUAACUAUUCUUUUGUAAGAACAAGAAAAAAAAUGUGCUGAUUAUGAAAUAUAUUUAAUUAUUUUGACAA